AUGUCUCGCUGCUUCCCAUUUCCACCGCCUGGAUAUGAGAAAAAGGCUAGACCGAAUGAUGUCAACUUGAUAAUAAAGGAGAAGCAAAAAGAGAAAAAACAUAAGAGGGAUAAAGACAAGAAAGAAAGAAGUGAGAGGAAGGAAAAGGGGAGGAGUGAAGAUAAACGCCGAGAAAAGAAAGAACGAAAGCAAAAGCAGCACGGAGACAGGAAGGAUAAGGAGAAACAUAAAGAUAAAUAUAGGACUUCAGAAGAGAAUCAAAAUGGAGAGAAGCUUGGUCCAAUUUGUGAACUGGGUAAUACAAUUCCAAAUUCAAAAUCUUUUGUUGAAUUGCAAGUUGAAAAUGACUGUGGAGCGACAGACAGUCAAAUGGUUGGGGAAAUCGUUCACUCAGAUCAAAAAAGUGCCAAGUUGCCGGAGAGGGUGGAAGAGAGCGAUAAGAGAGAGUAUGCGAGGAUGGUUAAUGGAGAAAGUCUUGAAAUUAAUGCCAUGGGUUUGGAAAAUGGUAGGGUUUCAAUUUUUUCUGGAGAAAAUCGAAAAAAGGUUGAACGAAGUCGCCAGUUGGAGAAAGGAAAGGGAGAAAAAGAAAAGAAAAAGCACAAGGCUAGCGAUGGUAAAAGAGAUGGGCAUAAGAAUAUAGAACGAGACAAAAAAAGUAAAUCGAAGGACAAAGUCGGGGAAAAGGAGAAGGAAAAGGAAAAGGAGAAGGUGAAGGUGAAGGAGAGAAGUAAAGAACUGAGUAAACAAAGAGAAAGCAAUUGUAAUCUACUAGAUGUUCAUAACAAGCCAUCAGACCUUUUGAAGGAGAGUGGCAGCCAGGGAAGUCUUGGAAAACGGAAGGAGCCUGAAUUAAAUGGAUUUUCACACUACAAUGGAAUCCCGCUUAAUAAACUGCCCAGUGCUAUCUCUUUCUCUCAUCAAGUCAUACAAAAUGGAAUCAGCAUAAAUUCUUCACAAAAUACUGCUAACUUGGCUGUGGAGAAAGCGGGAUUCCAAAAUCAUGCUGUCAAUAUUAAUAACUUACCCUCUCUAUCAGUUGGAAAUGGAAUGAAGCUUGAACAUGGUCAAACUGCAAAUCAUUUCUCUGCCGAGAAGCGGGCAGCCACUAGUAAUUAUGUGGUUAAUAACAGCCUCGUCUUCUCACACCCUGUUUCGGGAAUUAGCAAAAAGACCGAACCUUGUCGAACUGCAAGUAAGGUAGAAAAUUUGCGGCAGGGGCUGGUCAAUACCCACAAGGCCCAAGACAAGGUUUCAACCUCAAUUCUAAAUGCAGAAAGUGGAAGAACGGAAAUCAUUCAACCGAACAUCCACAUGGCACAAGAGUCUCAGGGGGUAAUUAUCAAGCAUAAGAUGGAUAACAAAGAUUCCCGAGUGAAUGGCAUAAUAGAGACUGAACAAUACGCUUCUUCAAGCACUCCAUCUGCUUCUUUGAAAGUUAAGGAGAAUAGUUUGAAACUUGCCCAUCCCUAUUCCAAAAAUUUGAGCCAGAUACUCAAAAGUAAAGAUUCCCAGGUGAAUGGCUUGAUAGAACCUAAACAAUAUGCUUCUUCAAGCACUCCAUCUGCUUCUCUGAAAGUUAAGGAGUAUACCGGGAAACCUCCCCAUCCCGAUUCCAAAUAUUUGAGCCAGAUACUCACUGUACCUAAUGUAGAAUGGCCUGACUUUGAUGAUCAGGAGUGGCUUUUUGGUAGCGAGGGUUCUAGGGCAAAGAUGCCAAAAAUUGCUUCCAAUCACAUUGAGGGGAUGAAGGUAUGGGCAGAAGCAAUGCCUGUCAAGUCUGCUGAUGUUAUUGCUCUGCCAUAUGUCAUUCCAUACUAG